UGUCACGCUCUGUAACUACCAUUAUGUUGUUAUCUGUAUGUGUUUCUCUAGUACAGCUGGCAUUAUUAAACCAUGAAAUUUCAUCUCAACACGAUCCUAGGUUCAGGCCUCUCACUAGAAGUAAAAGAUACUUAGGACUCCAAAAGCAUUAUAAGAUUAAUCGACGGUACCAAGAAUGCAUUGCUCCUGGCGAUGUCCCAGGACACUGUAAGCAUGCCGCGUUUUGCGAGAUGAACGUCCUAGGAUACUCCAAAGGAUCCUUGGACUACUUAUGUGUUAUUACAGAAAUGCAUGUUGGGGUUUGUUGUCCUGAUGAUGUCUUGAUUAGUAAACUUACCGGUUCACGUAUUGUUAUGGAUCUACCUGCCGGAGUGAGAGAUUAUGAUGAUGAUGAAGAACUUUCAACGUCAGGGUGCGGAAUAACGAGUAGUAGUAGUAGAAGAACGUCAGAAAAACAAUCAAGGCAGUGGCCUUGGUUAGCAGCGCUAUAUAGGCCCGGUGACACCCAAUUUUCCUUCUGCGGGGGAGCUGUAAUUACUGAUCGGCACAUAUUAACCGCUGCCCAUUGUAUACAUAGUGCAUCCAAGGAUAAUAUACGAGUCCGACUAGGCGAAUACAACUUUAUGCAAGUCGGCGAAACACGUGCCAGAGAUUUUGGAGUGAAAGAUAUUACAGAACACAAAGAAUAUGACCCGGCAACAUAUUUGCAUGACAUUGCAAUUGUAACUUUGGAUAAGCCCACCGUUUUUGAUACGUAUAUAUGGCCAAUAUGUUUGCCUCCCAUGAAUGGAAGUUAUGUAAACGAGACGGUCAUUAUUGCUGGAUGGGGGCAAGAAAGCUAUUCUGGUCCAACGAGCGCGAUUUUACGUGAGGUUGCCGUACCCGUUUGGGAGCAAGAAAAAUGUGUAGAGUCCUUCACUCAAAGAAUUACUGAAAAUAAUUUGUGUGCUGCCGCCUACGAAGGAGGAAAAGAUUCUUGUUUGGGAGACUCUGGUUGUCCUCUGUUAUACAAAUUAGAUAAUGGACGUUGGGCGACCAUUGGGAUUGUGUCCUGGGGAAUAGGAUGUGGAAAUAAAGAUCAACCGGGUAUUUACACAAGGGUCGAUAAGUAUAUACCAUGGAUUGUUACACACACGAUAGGGGAGCAAAUAAUUUCACUGCCGUAGUAAUAUGACACUUUUAUUUAUAUAUGUAAGUAUAUAAGAAAAAUGUAUAAUUUACAACUGUAUAGCAAUAACAAAUAAUUAUAUAUCUGAUUUUCUUAUACAAAAUAAAAUAGGUUAAUUAAUUUAGUUAAAUA